AUGACAUUCAAUAUUGCUAUUGACGGUCUGACCGCCUCUGGAAAAACUUCUAUUGGCUAUUCUUUAGCAAAACGAUUAAAUUUUAAUUUUAUCGAUUCUGGUUUAUUUUAUCGAUAUUUAGCUUAUUACAAUAUUAAUUCUACAAAUUUUAAUCAACAUACUUAUGAUACUCUAAUUAACUGUUCCAAUUUAAGUGCAUUUUCUUCACUCGAUAUUUCUCAAAAGGCGUCUGAGCUUUCAAAAAAUGAAGAAAUACGAUCGUUAAUUAAUCAAGAAAUCAAGAAAUUAACAAAAAAAAAAGGAUUUGUUGUAGUUGGACGAGAUGUGUCAACUAAUAUUCUUCCUGAUGCAGAAUUUAAAAUUUUGUUAUCGGCUGAUUUUGAGACGCGUCUUGGUCGACGCGUGACGCAAUUAGUUGACGAAAAUCCUCAAAAUAUUUUUAAUGACAUUAUCACACGUGAUAUUGUUUCUAAACCUUUAAUCAAUUGUUCAAAAAAGGUUUCAAAAGAAAUUAACAC